GGUCAAAGUUUAAAAAGUUUAACCACGAAAAUCAAGCUGGGAAAUCAAAUUUAUGACGGGAAAUGGGUAGGGUUUCGAAGCAGCAGAAGAAGAAGAAACAGCUCUCGCUGUCCGAAGGAUCGCUCGUUGAGAUUUGCACGAGGGAGAAAGGCCUCACCGCCGUCUGGUUCGAGGCCGUCGUCCUCGACCCGAAUCCCCCGCCGCCCUCGCACGCCAGAUCCAGCUCCAAGAGGGCCUGCAGAGUCUACGUGGAGUACACCACCCUCCUCUCCGACGACGGCGAGAGCCCGCUGCGGGAGCUCGUCAAUCUGGAGUAUAUCCGGCCCCGCCCUCCCCCGGAGACUGUUGAGGGUUUUGAGCUCUACGACCCCGUCGACGCGUUCUAUAAGGACGGCUGGUGGACCGGCGUUGUCACUCAACUUCUGGAUUCUAACCGCUAUGUUGUCACCUUCAGGAAACCUCCCGACGAGCUUGAAUUCGGCUUGUCUGAUUUGAGACUCCACCGUAGAUGGGUCUACGGGAAGUGGGUUCCGCCCAAAAGGAAGAACACAACAGGAUUCAGAUUUAGUGUGGGGAAAGAGGUAGAAGUCACAUUUGACGGAGAUGAUUAUAGGGAUGCCUGGUAUCCUUCAAAAGUCGUUGAGGUCUGUGGUAAUGGCUAUUUUAUGGUGGACUGCAUGAGGCCAAAUACUGAAAUCAAGGAGCAAAUAAGAGCAGCUGUUCGUUCCAGUCAUAUCCGACCAUGUCCUCCGCUCCUCAAAAAUAGUAAAUGCUUUUGUUUGAAUGACAAAGUAGAAUCAUUUUAUGAUUCUGGCUGGUGGUUUGGAGUGAUAAAAGAAGUACUUCCUGACAGUAGGUAUGUUGUCGUCUUCCAAAAUAAGAAGAAGACUGAGAGGGUGCUCAAUCACUCCGAAUUAAGACCUCACAUGGUUUGGAAAGAUGGAGAAUGGCAUACUUCUCAGGGUGAAUCAUUAUCUCCGUAUUGUACCCUUGAGGAUGCGGAAAAUUGCAAUGGUCUGGAUACCACCCAAAGUGCUGUUACACAUGGUAGCAAAGAUGCUACUACAAAUGAAACAUAUGGAGAGAAAAUCUCCAGAUCCUUGAAUUCUGAUGCAGAAAUGAGUGAGCAGCCAAUUCUUUGGUGGCCUUCAAAUGCGUCAGUUUCACCAAUAAAAAGGAAACGGCGUCUAGAGCUAUCAAAGGAACGAUUUUCUAGUGAAUCACUGUCUCUUAUCAAAUGUAAGAAACAGGCAAAUGGAUGGAAAACUCCAACUGAGAAAAGCUCGUGUUUCAUUUCCAGCCCAAAUCAAUCUUCCUUGGGGAAUACAGCUGUAAGUAUAUUUACUGCAAAUAUAUAUUUUUACACAUAGGGGUCAGACUAGUACAUCUGUCCCCCUUACCCUGUAAUGAGCGGGAGCCUUUGAGGCACUGGGGUAAUGUUGUUGCUGUUGUUGUAUAUAUUUGUAAACAUGCAAAAAUGUAUUUUAGUACUCCGUAUUAGUUUGUUAUUACUCAAUUAGUAUUAGUUUCCUAUUAGCCUAUUAGUCUCUCAGAGAUGCGAGAGGCUUUUGAUAGUGGGU